AUGGCGGACCCAGAGACGCCCCGCUCGGGCAAGUCCUCGGGCAAGUCCAAGCGCUCCAGCUCUGGUAAGAGCAAAAAGGCCAAGAACCAGAGCAUCACGCCUGCUCCCGAGGAGAGCCUGCCUGAAGACAAGGAGACGCAGCCUGGAGAGGAGAUUCAAGAGGAAAGCAGCCAAGGAACGGCUGUGACCGUAGAAGAAGUGGACACGUACACCGUGGGCCUGAGGACRCUGUUUAAAAACCGCGUGGCUCUGACUGGCAUGUCUAAGCUGCCUUGGUCAGAGGAGAACGAGAAAGCCCUGGAUAAGUUCAUMCUGGACAGCUCCAACAGGACCCUAGUGGUCUACCCAGACCCCUACGAUGGCCUCCGGGUGGAGUACGCCAUGCCAUCUCAGGUGGUAGACCAGCUGGCCUUCUUCGUCCGCUCUGAUGGUGGUCUGAUCCUCGAGGAGACGUUUGAGAGCRCGGUGCAGUUUGGUACGGUGYGGGGCAAYGCCACCGAGAGCCUGCUGAGGAUGAUGAACGGAGUGCACGCCCCCCAGGUCACCCUCAGCACCGCCUGGCCCGAGAGCAUCAAGAACAACUACUCCGCCCACAUGCAUCGCUUCCUCACAAACCUCACAGACACCAGGUUCAAGCUGGUGGGCAACACAGUGCUUUAUAUCCCUAUGGAGGCCCUGCAGCAUAGCCCGGAGGUGGCCAGCAAGGACAAGGAGCUGGUGCAGAGACUGGAGAUGGUGAUGAUCCACUGGACCCGUCAGAUCAAGGAGGUGCUGAAUGCUCAGGAGACGGUGGAGACGGGGGACAGCUCUGGACCCCUGGAGGAGAUCUCCUUCUGGAGGAGUCGCUGUGCCGACCUCUCUGGGAUCAGCCAGCAGUUGCAGAAGCCCGGGGUCCGUCACGUCCUGACCACACUGCAGCUCUCCAAGUCCUCCUACGUACCCCCCUUCUGCAAGCUGGCCAAGCAGAUCCAGGAUGGCUCUCUCCAAGCCCAGUCCAACCUGUCCUUCCUGUCCCUGCUGAGGGAGCCAUGUGAGGAGAUGGCUCAGCUCAAGCCCAGAGAGGUGGUUCCCAAGCUGGCCCACAUCCUCAACCUCAUCCGCCUCAUCUGGGUCAACUCUGUCUACUACAACACCCGCGAGAGACUCACCGCUCUCUUCAGAAAGAUGAGUAAUGAGAUUAUCCGGCUGUGCUGCAGAGAUAUCUCCCUGGACAGGAUCUUUCAAGGCUAUGUGGUGUCCAGCAAGCAGACCCUCAACGACUGCAUUCAGUGCUGCCUGGCCUGGAAGGAGCUUUACCUGCACGCUUCACAGCUGCACCACAAGUACUCUUCUAAAGGCUGGGUCCUGGACCAGACCAGCAUCUUUGCUUUGGUCGAUGCCUUUGUACAGAGGUGCAAAGACCUGCUGGAGAUGAAUGACCCGGGCUGCGGUGACUACGAUGCGUCCCAAAUGACGCCCUAUGCCCUACAUAGGGUUAGUGGGGUUGUUGGAAACAAGGGCUGGCCCGGGGCUGGUGUGUGUUUGAUGUGGAUGAUGGAUGGGGGUCGCUGGAGGUCGGGGGUGAAGGAUCUGGAGGUGAUGAUGCAGAACCUGAUCAGCACGGCGUUUGAGACGGUCAACACCGUGGAUGAGGGCGUUCAGCUGCUAGACGUCUUUCAGCACCUGUCUGCCCGCGAGGUGGUACAGUGUGCCCACUUCAUGCCUCACAUCGGCAGUGGAGAGGAGGUGCGUCUGGCGUACAGCCAGCUGGUCCAGACCCUGGAUGAGUUGGUCCGGAGGGUCUUCUCUGAGUGGAGUCAGUCUCUGGACCGACAGAGUCUCAAGAGGCUGGACCAGCCACUCAUGAUGCGCUGCAAGGAGAAACAGGGCAUGCUGGACAUCAACUUCGACAAGAACAUGCUGAAGAUGUUCAAUGAGAUCCACUACUGGGAGCGCCUGCUGUUCGAGAUCCCCCACUACGUCUCUGACGUCUACCAGAGGAGAGAGGAGCUCCGCAGCAUGAGGGAGAGCGUGCUGCUGGUGGUACGAGACUACAACCGGAUCAUCGCGUCGCUGUCUGCUGAAGAGCUGGGUUUGUUCCGGGAGCGACUCCGCUUCCUGGACAAGAAGAUCCAGCCWGGUCUCUCCAAGCUGCUCUGGUCCUCUAAAGGAGCGUCCAGCUUCUUCAUCAAAGACUGCAGGCUGCACGCCAGCAAGAUCCAGCUCAUCGUGGAUGAGUACAAGGCGGCCAACCUGGCCAUCUCCCGUCAGUGUGGUCUGAUCAGUGAGCUGCUGCUUGUGCGUGUGGAUGGGAAGACAGUGUACAGGGACCUGGAGUUUGAGGGGGACCAGCAGGCCCACCAGCAAGCCCAGCUCCAGCGGCUCCACUCAGCACACCAGGACAUCGUAGCCAUCAUGUCCCGGGUCUACGAGACCUUUCGCACAGACGGACCAGAGAUCGUGAACAACAUCAGUUGUCAGCUGAUCGGCACCAUCUCUGUGUUCAAACGCCUCCCGGACCUCCUCACACGCAGACGCUCACAGAGGAAACCUGUACGCUGCAUCAUAGAACAAGAUGAGGAGAUCGGUAAGAUUCAGGCAGCGGUAGCAAGCAGGAAUGACGGCCAACGCAGCCACUGCAGGCUUACCUGA